ACGCACAAGUACGCAUAUUGAGAAACGCCCAAUGUUACUGAAGCAGUGUGUUGCUUUGACACACGCACCGGAGCGUCAGCUUCUAGCGGGGUAUCAUUAGUCAUGGGCGCUUAGAAUCAUAAAGAUUUUCUCCGUUCGCAACAAAAACCAAAAAAGGGUCCACAGGUGGAGAUGGGUGAUGAAAACUAAGCAGCAGGCAGGAAGCAGAACUUGAAUAAGCCGUGAGUCCUGCAGGCCAAGCGUAAAUCAGUUUGGACGCAUUUAUCCUGAUGUCCUCCUGUCAGCAUUCGGCUCUCUGCAUCUUGGUGGUUUUGAUGUGUCUGCUGUGCACUUUAUGCCCAGCCAGCAGCCAGUCUGUGAGGACCGGCUUCAUCGGUGAUGAGGUCCUCCUGCCCUGCGUCUACUCUGAACAGCUGUCUGAGCCGGUCACCGCCUUCUGGAGGGACAAGGAUGACAAAGUUGUGUUGGACAUCAUCAACAGCAGAGAGGAUAAAAUAGAUCCAAAGUUUAAAGGUCGUGUGGUCAGCUUCCCAGACCAAUACAAGAACGGAAACCUCUCCAUCCUCAUAAAGGGCCUGAGGGCGGACGACGCCGGCCCGUAUGACUGCAACAUCCCCAAAGUGGACUAUCAGGCCAAGAUGACUCUGAAAGUCACAGAGAAACCUGCUGUUAAACUAACGUUCAAGGCUGGAGACCCUGUGAGUGUUUCACCUCGUGGUGCAGCAGUAACCGCCUCCUCAAUCCACCUCCUGACUCUCCUCUCUGCUCCUCUGUUUGCGCUGUUCUGCUCUUUAAAAUUCUCUCCGGAUACUCUGGCUUCCUCCCACAGUCCAAAGACCUGGGUACUGGGUUAACUGGCUACUUUAAACUGGCUGUAUGAGUGUGAAUGGUUGCUUGUCUCUUUAUGCGAGCCCUGACACAGACUGGCAACCCCACUUCUCAACCUGACUCUAUCGAUAGGCUCAAACCCCCCAGGACCAGAAUCCAGCACGGGUUAGCCUCUUUUAUUUUGCUUCUCUUAUUGGCUGAUGUUUGCUGUCAGUGAUGAACAUUUGCCACUAAGAUGGAACUUAUGUACAUCUUACUUGUACAGUAAAUUAUCCACAUUCAUCUGUUGUCUUGGACCAGUUUUCAGUGCAAUCAUAAAAGACUGUGGAGGAAAGUGAAGAGACUUUAACACAGGUCAGUUAUUUUUCAGGAUGAAGCUCUUUAGAUUGCUUGGAAAAAAUCACCCUGAUGUGGCAGCUCUGUGUGUGAAGUUCGUUAAGUUUACCUUCCUACCAGCGGUGGUAAUUUGUGCUUUUGUGUGUAUUUGGGAGAAAAAGUCAAAAAUUUCAAAGCCUUUAAGUUUGAGCCACAAGCAUUUAAAACUUGAUGAACCUUUAAAGUGUCAGAGCCACCACAUGGUACUGUUACCAAUAAUAAUAAUAAUGACAAUUACAAACUGCUGUGAUGCUGCAGCAGAUUUAAGACUCGGGGAUGUUGAUUGGUUCACAGAGCUCCUGACAUCACAGAUGAUUGGCUGGCUUUAAUGGAAAAUUUUGUACAGAUUUGUUUUUUCUGCUACAUUGAAGUGAAAAAAGAUGCACUGACUAUUUAUUUAUUUAUAUAUUUAUUUAAUUAUUUCUUUAAAAAAAAUAAAAUGUGCAAAAGGAAAAAAAUUAAAAAGAAGAAAGAAAGAAACACACACCAAAAGUUCAGCAAAUUCUUCACACUGAUUAUUACAAUCAUUGCUGGAAAAGCAGUGAAAGAGAUAUUGCACUUUACAGAAACAUUUGAAUCUCUCACUGCACUUAUUGUUUUGUUUUAAAUACAUUAUAUUGACUGUGAAAUGUUUGUAUUGUCUAGCGUGCUAUUUAAGGUGUGAAGGAAGUCAGUUUGCUCGCAUUAAAAAAUACAUUAUUGAUUCUUCAGUUGGUUUGAGUUUUAGUAUGUUGAAAAUUCUUGUUUUCUGCUUCAGACAGACUGCAGUUUGCUAGUGUUUAAAGUUCGACUGAGCUGUAAAAACACUGAACUAUUUGUUAAAAAUGUGUUUGGAGAAGUGAAGGUGUGUCUCCACCUGGUGACACAUCCAGCUUCUGCAUUUCCCCCAUAGGUAACUGCUGUUUGCUGUAAUAAACUGUUUGCUAUAAUAAACAUAUUAUAGAUGAGA